AGUUGAAAAUAUUUGUUCACGUCAUAUUUCUCUUUAAAAUUGAUUAAAAUUGCGAAUUUAUCAGUAAUUAUACGAUUGUAUAUCAGUUUUGCAGUUUGAAUAAUUCCCCUAGAACACGUACUAGGUAUAACUGGUGGAUUCAAAAUGUUUCGUACGUCGAAUUUUGAUAAAAGUCUGGAGAGUGCUACCAGCAACUUGAUUCUGGAACCGGAUUGGCAAUCCAUAAUGGUCAUUUGCGAUGCCAUUCGUCAGGGUGAUGCAACACCCAAAUAUGCGGUACAGCAGAUCAAGAAAAAGCUGUUCUCGCCGAAUCCACAUACGGCGCACUACGCACUGCUGGUGCUGGAAAGUGUAGUGAAAAACUGCGGUUCGCCAGUUCACGACGAGAUCUCCAACAAGGCCAAUUGUGAGAUGUUUCAAAAUCUUGUAAACAAUACGCAACAUGAAGAAGUGCGCAAUAAAAUGCUGGAACUGAUUCAGGCAUGGGCUUUUGCUUUUCGGUCUACCUACAAGUACCGGUCAAUUCGGGAUACCAUGAACAUUUUGAAAAGCGAAGGCCACAAAUUUCCCGAGUUGAAAGAAGCGGAUGCUAUGUUCACGUCGGAGAACGCACCGGAUUGGGCUGACGGAGACGUGUGUCACCGUUGCCGAGUGCAGUUUACGUUUACGCAACGUAAACAUCAUUGUCGUCACUGUGGACAGGUGUUCUGCCAGCAAUGUUCUUCCAAAACGAGCACUAUUCCCAAGUUUGGUAUCGAAAAAGACGUACGUGUAUGCGAUGGAUGUCAUGCUCACCUGCAGCGUCCGACGGCAACUUUGACUAAAAAACCAACCGAGGAAGAAGAUCUACCGGCUGAGUAUUUAAGUAGUUCAUUGGCACAACAAGCCCAAGCUCCGGCGCGUAAAACUGAAGAAGAAUUACGAGAGGAAGAAGAGUUGCAGCUUGCCCUCGCUUUGAGUCAAUCAGAAGCGGAAACUAAAAAGACAACACUGCCGAGAAGAACGUUUCAUAAAUCACCGAGCCCGGAACCAGUGAAGAUCCAACGAAGUCCUAGUCCGGUUGAAGAGAUUCCCUCGGAUCCAGAGUUGGCACGGUAUUUGAACAGAAAUUACUGGGAACAGCGACAGGCAGCCGAUUCGCCGGCGUCGCCAUCAGCACCGAGUCCCAUGCCAAGUCCAAUGCCCAUUACGAACAGCUUACUGCUGUCCAAGGUUGGGGGCGAUGAUGCCGAGAUUAAUGAAUUUUCACAUAUGAUGAAAACACAGGUGGAGAUUUUUGUCAAUCGUAUGAAAUCCAAUUCAAGCCGUGGACGCAGCAUUUCGACUGAUAGUUCGGUGCAAACAUUGUUCAUGAAUUUGACUUCACUCCACUCGCGUUUGUUAACUCACAUCAAAGACAUGGACGACAAGCGCAUGUGGUACGAACACUUGCAGGACAAGCUAACUCAGAUUAAAGAUUCUCGUGCAGCGUUGGAUGUGCUGAGACAAGAACAUCAGGAAAAAUUGCGCCGAAUUGCAGAAGAACAGGAACGUCAGAAGCAGAUGCAGAUGGCCCAGAAGUUGGAAAUUAUGCGGAAGAAAAAACAAGAAUAUUUGCAAUACCAACGUCAGUUAGCUUUGCAGCGAAUCCAGGAGCAGGAACGAGAGAUGCAGAUGCGUCAAGAACAACAAAAGGCUCAGUAUAGGAUGGGAACAGCUUUUCCUUUUAUGACUCCAACUACUCAAGGGCAACCUCAAGGUUCGCCAUCGCAUGUUGGCGUUGGAGCGUAUCCUGGUUAUGGCUACCAACAGAUGCCAGGAAGUGGUGCUCUGGGUCACUAUGGUUCCCCAGGAAUGCAAGCACAAAUGGGUCAACCGUUGUUCUCUCCACCUCAUGGACCACCAGCAGCCAUUGGCAGUCAGUACAUGGGUCCUGGUAUGCCUCAAGGUCCUUCGGCAGCUGAAAAUGUUCCUAAUGCUGCUGCUCAGCAACAACCAGUUGGUCCGCCUGGAUCUGGACCACAGCAGCAAGGUCCACCCGGUGCGAUGAUACCGCCUCCCGGAAUGAAUAUGAUGCCAGGCCAAGGUGCACCAAUGAUGGCUCCUCCGCCUCAACAAGGGCACCCAAUGAAUCAAGGUACUUUACCACCAGGAGCUCAAAUACCACCACCACAAGUAGUUCCAGAGGCACAACAACAGCCAGUUCCUCAGCAACCGCAGCAGCAGCAGCAGCAACAACAACCACAACAACCACAACAGCAGCAGCAUCAACCACAAGGAACCAAUGGACCUACACCUGCUACACCCCCGGUGGCACCGGUUACAGUAUCUGUUCCUGCUCCUGCUCCUGUAUCAACUGCUCCCGAACCGGCAACUGCAGAAUUGAUUAGUUUUGAUUGAGCUUCUUGAAACUCAGAUAAUGAUCUGAUGGACAGUUUUGGUAUGAAUGCUAUCGUCUAACUAUUCACAAACGUUUACUUUUAACAUUAUGGCUACUACAAACCAUCUUUUCGGUACUAAAAUGUUUAAAGCAUAACUAACGAUUCAUAUAUCUAUUCCAGGUUACAGUUCGAGGUAUUUUGUAGGGGAAGAGAUUAACCAAUGUAUGAAUAAUAUAUUAUUGUACUGCACAUCAUAUUCUCAAUAAAUUUAAACACAUGAUAA